AUGACCAUAGUCUCAGAUGAUCCCACUUGGUGGCCAUCCAUCGAUGUACAUCGUUUUGCUAGCUAUUUUGCAGUUGCCGCCUUCGUUGGAAUAACAUAUGAUUGGGCACUAACAUUCGGACAAGAGGUCGAAUUGGUCUGGAGACAACGGUGGUCGCUCGUGACAGUGCUGUAUCUCAGUGUGCGCUACCUUGGGAUCCUAUCUGCUGCUCUGUCCAUGGUCGACAAUGUUCCGACCAUCUCGCUGACAGAUACAGUGAGUCUUCUGUAUAAAUGCCUGCCAUUCCCCUCAAAUUAA